GGAGCCAAUUCCCAGGCAUAACCAAAAACCCUAGAAACGUAAACCCUAGCCACGCCUCCGUUCCCACGGUGCAGCCACUGUUCCUACGCCGCCUCACGUCGGCCGUCCGUUUCUACGCCGCCUCACAUUGGCCGUUUUACUUCUCCGCCUCACGUCGGCCUUUACACACCACCUCACGUCGGUGUUCGUUUCGCCUCACGUCGGAGCCCUUCUCGGCAAGGUAGUCUUGCAGUGCUCAGUCUUUGCAGCAGCCGGUCUCUCUCUCUUCGUUGCACAACAUGACCACCGAAACUUCCAAGAAAGUCAGGUUGAUUCAUGAUCCCACGUCUCUAUAUUAUAUUCAUCCAUCCGAAAGUGCUGGUAAUUCCUUGACAAAGCAUGUGCUCAAAGGGGACAAUUAUGAUGUAUGGGAGAAGACGAUUGUUAAUGCCCUGGAAGGGCGAAGCCGCGUGGGAUUUCUAACCCCCACGGGGUUUCCCAAGCCAACCGAUGAACAAGAUCUUGCGGCAUGGAAGGCUAAUAACUCUAUCAUUUGUUCUUGGAUAUGUAAUAACGUUGAUGAACACAUCCAACCGUCGAUUAUUUCUCACAAAGUGGCUCACGAAUUGUGGUUGGAUUUGAAAACCCGCUAUGGAGGGUCCAACGGUCCUCGUAUUCAUCAAUUAAAAUCCGAACUUCAAUCUCUCCGGCAAAAGGGCCAAACCGUGGUGGUGUACUACAAUCAGUUUGUGACAAUUUGGAACAAACUCUAUGGGUCCGUCGACCCUACGUGCGGCUGCCGCUGUGAGCCCGCUGCCCUCAUCCGAGCACGCGAAGAACAAGAGAAAACUCACCAUUUUUUGCUCGGUCUCGACGACGAGCAGUUUGGCCAUAUUCGUUCCCAACUCAUUGCUACCGAACCCGUCCCUGAUAUUCACCGAGCAUACGCUUUGAUUGUCCAGGAAGAGCGUCACAAAAAUAUCGUCCACGGGAGGGACGAUCGAACCGAUGCAGUCGCCUUUGCCAUGCAACGCCCUAUUACCUCUACGGGUCGUGGAGAUCCACCUCUUUACUCUUGCACACAUUGCGGCAAAGAUGGUCAUUCCAAGGACCGAUGUUACCAGUUGCAUGGCUACCCCCCGGGCAAAGGUCGUGGCAGAGGGGGAGUUUCUGGCCGCGGAGGUAGUUCCGGCCGUGGAGUCAGCCGUGGGUCAUCCGGCGGCACACCUGCUGUCAGAGGGGCAGGUACUCCGACAGGGGGAGCACACGCCGUAGGAGGUGGUCCGAGCAUGAAUAGCAGUCCAUUGGGUCUUACGUCCGAUCAGUUUUCUCGGCUAUUGUCCAUGCUCGACACGUCUUCUACCGAGAAGGCUGCAGGUGGUUCUACUGGUGAGUCUUCCUCCCGUGAGUGGCUCAUCGAUAGUGGCGCCUCCCAUCACAUGACGGGCUGGCGCGUCUAUGAUCUUGACACUCACCGUUUCUUUCACACCCGGGAUAUCUCGUUUGACGAAUCCCAAUUUUCGUUUGCCCUUCCCACCCCACCUGCCGAAUCACCACAGCCCGUCGCCCCAACUGAUUUCCCUGAGCUCCCACAGCCCAGUCCGCCGGUCCUCCCCGAACAGCCCUCUGCCAUUGUUCCGGCAGUCUCUCACCCGCACCAGACCACAGAUCACAGCGCCGAUGACAGUGGCACCUCCACCCCUACUGAUACAGCUGCCGUCCCCUCUUCUCGACCUCAACGGUAGCGUCGUCCGCCCUCUCAUCUUAGUGACUACAUCGUUAAGUCUAUGCAAUCUAAUGCUUCGUUGUGCGCCCCCUGUUCGGUCUUCGUCUUCAGAUACACUCUUUGGAAUAAAAAAAUAGAUGUUAAGAAGUUCAAGGGAUGGAGAAUUGGGCCAAACUUUAAUGGAAUUGAAGAUUUAAACUCCAAGUGCAAGACAAGAUCCAAUUGCUAUACAAAUCCAAUCCAACCCAACCCACAUUAAACCUAAAAAAAGAGAGAAACAUGAUGGGUAUAAAGAGAGAGGAGCCGCAUCAUCUCAAAGGAGGGGGGCUGCUGAAAAAGGAAAAAGAACGAAAAAAAAAGAGAACGGAGCAGAGCCGAAGAACAAGGUGCAGCGACGACCUGGUGCGGCGGCGACGUUUCUUGCUCGGCUCUGGCUCCUCAUCUUCCUCCAAUUUUAGAGUUUAAUUCUUCCCUUCUUCUUUAAUUAUGUCAAGUUUUACUAUCAAUCUUGUUGAAUUUUACAUUAUAUUUGGCUAAACUCCAUAGCUAGGGCAAGGAUGAAACUUAUAUAUUCAAUUUGAUUUUUACUCAUCAUUUAUUUUUCCAUAUUGAUCUUAAAUGUUUAUUGUCUAUUUUUCCAAUUGAUUAUUAGGGUUAAUUUUUAGAUGAGUUCAAUCAUGUUUUUCUCAUGCUUUGAAUAAUCCUGAUAAUUGUUUGACAAGUUGAAAGAGCGGAUAUUAGUUGUGAUUUCUUGAUGAGAUACAAUUAAUGAUUUGAAUUUCUCUUGAAACUUUGAAAAAUAGCAAACUAUAGAAAUUGUUUUUUUAGAGCUUAAUUGAUAUAUCCUCCAUGAUAAGAGACUUGGUUGCGAGAUUAUCAUGUGUAUUAAGUUUGGAAAAAAAUAAUGAUUGAGUAAAAAU